AUGGUCGAAUGCGGCCACAACUUCUGCCGCAAUUGCAUUGACAAGGCCUGGGAGGGUCGGGAUUCCUUUACGUGCCCCGACUGUAAGGAAGAAAUAACCGAGAAGAGAUACACUACCAACCGAAUCCUGGCCAACCUGGUGAAGAAGACUGCUGGUGCUGGGAAAGAAAAGGUCCGCCCCCUCGAGAACUGCCCCGAGCAUGACGAGAGGCUGAAGCUGUAUUGUAAGGAUGACGGGACCCUGAGCUGUGUCAUCUGCCGUGACUCCCUGAAACAUGCAAGUCACAACUUCCUUCCCAUCCUGGAUGCCGUGGGGGUGUACAGAACAGAACUGUCUUCUAUAGUGUCUCCACUAGAGGAAGCCCUGAAGGUGACUGAACAGCUGACCAACCAGCAGAAUGAGAAGAUCGAGCAGCAUAAAACCAACCUACAGGGGUUCCAGGAGCACAUUGUGUCAGAGUUCGAGAAGCUGCACAAGUUCCUGAAGGAGCGGGAGGAAAAACUUCUGGAGCAGCUCCAGGAAAAGGGCGACAGUCUCCUGAAAGAUAUGGAGACCAACCUGGUGAAGAUGCAGGAGAAUAGAGACAACAUCCAGCAGACCAUCGGUGUGGCCAAGGAGAAAAUGGACGAUACAGACUCCAUUUCUUUCUUGACUGACAUCAAGUCAUUCAUUGAGAAGUGCCAGGAGCAGCAGAAAGAAGUCACAUCAGGUGGGAAUACCCUUCUCUCCAAGGACCUUUGCCAGGGCACCUUCAAGGGACCCGUUCAGUACGCUAUGUGGAAGCAGAUAAAAUCCUUCAUUUCUCCAUAUCUGACUCCAAUGCUGCUGGAUCCCAGCACGGCUCACCCCAAUCUGGUCUUGGCUGACGGGCUGACCAGUGUUAAAUACGGUGACACCAAACUUCCCCUCCCUGACAAUCCGAAGCGUUUCAGCCAGUGUAUCCUUGUUCUCGGGUCUACUGGCUUCGAUUCAGGCCGCCAUUACUGGGAGGUGGAUGUGGGAGACAAGACCGCUUGGGAUGUCGGUAUGGCCAGUGAGUCCAGCAACCGCAAGGGUAAGAUCAAGCUGAAUCCCAAGAACGGCUACUGGGCCAUCUGGCUGAGGAACGGCAACUCCUACAAGGCCCUGGAGUCACCAUCCAAGAACCUGCUUCUCGACGCCAAACCGAAGAGAAUUGGCGUGUAUGUGGAUUACGAAGGAGGCCAAAUAUCCUUCUACAAUGCCGAUGACAUGACCGCCAUCUAUACCUUCAAUGCCACCUUCACGGAGAAGCUGUACCCGUAUCUGUCUCCAUUCCUGCACGAAUCUGGGCGCAAUGCUGAGCCCUUGCGUAUCGUUCACGAGUAA